AUGCAUAACGCUCGCUUCCCCUUUCUUUCCCCACAAAGCCCUUCGGAGGCCGACCCAGCGGGCCCCCGCCGAGAAAGCCAGAGCGAGGGCGCGCGCACGAGGCGGGAAUCCUCUCGCGCGGUUCGCGGCGCGGCGACGCGCGUUCUCCGCUGCGGGAGGCGCGGGCUUCGGCGGGCCGGCGGGCGCGCGCGCGGCCUGCCGGAAGCCAGUCCGGUUCUCGGCAGACGGCGGAGGCUUCCGGCGCCGCGGGUCCGACCAGGCGGGAGGAGCGGCCUCGGGGACUGGCUGUUCCCGCGGCCCCGGCGGCUCCUCCGCGCUCUGACCGCCGCCGAGAUCGGGGCUCCUGUCGCGGGGCGGCGAGGCUGUGGGGAGAACAGAGGAGAGGCCGGGAGGCUGAGGGAGGGAGGCUGGCAGACGAGAAUCGAGCGUUUGGGAGUGGAUUUUUAUCUGGCUUCUUGGACACCACUUACUGGCGAACUACAGCUAGGAGAGAUUUUUGAAGCCCGGCUGGGAGGCAGAGGCCCCUGGUGCUCGGGUACAAAGGUGAACAAACACCUUCCCAGGUCUCUAGUGAUGGCUCAUCUCCUGCAGAAAGGAAUGUUGUGAAUGCCCCAAAGCCCACACCCUGCAAUGUUGAGGCAGAGACCAGCUGCAUGGCUCCCACAUGGCCUACGGGCUCCCAGGUGGCACCAGCCUGGAAGAACUUGCAGGGUCCAGGGCUGGGCAGCAGCUGGCUUGCAACUUCCGAGCCACACAAACGGUGGGAGGCACAAAGAGCUCAGAGUCGGAUCUAUGUAAGCCAGAAUGCCACUUACUAAUUUACAAGAGAUCAACCCAGGCAAGUGUGCAUGCUCAUGUCAGCCUGGCUGACAUUCUCUUCCUAUACACAAGCCACGUGGGAAGCCAAAUUAUCAUCACGAUGCUUGGUAAUAUAAACCAGAGCACGAGGA